UUUCUUGGCUUGGAAGUAUAAAAUGCCUACGACGUUGUCGCCAUGGUGACCUGGCCAUCGAACGAGGACGUCGCGAGGCAGCGACAAACUGGAGAUUCGAUGGGCUCAAACCCUGGGGAUAGUACCAGCAGGGGGAGGGUGCGACACAGGUUGGACACAUCCUCGCGUCUUUGUCUCGCGGACAUGAUGGAGACCCACUUCACCGAACCGCUGGAGUCAUGAUUAAGUAUGCUGCUGAUUCUUUCAACCAUUUACGCCACCGACGACCAAAUGCAGCUACGGGGUGGAAGUUUGUUAAGACAACGUAUUCCUUCAUCUUGGGAUCGACAGACCAGGUUGCCCUCGCUCUACUGCAGCCAGCACAAACAGCACAAACAUUCACUCUCGAAUGAAGAAAGUUAUAUACUCUCAGAAUCGAGCAGUUCUUAAAAGCUUGGUGUGAAACAGUAGUUCCGGGCGAUAUAACUAAGACCUUGUCCCAUUGUACCCUCCCCCGGCCUAGCAUGAGAAACGUUCCGUUCCCUUCUCCUGCGCGCAGCGACGUUCAUUCCGACUCCAUGUCCUUGUACCGAGCUGAACGACGGGAUUUGGUGUGAGAAGUCGGGACAC